AUGGAAAAGCUCGAGCAGGUUCAAUGUUUCGGCCGCAAGAAGAACGCCGUCGCCGUCACCUACUGCAAGCGCGGCCGUGGUUUAAUCAAGAUCAACGGCGCCCCCAUCGAGUUGGUCGAGCCAGAGAUCCUUAGGUUCAAGGCCUUUGAACCAAUACUCUUGUUAGGAAAGAGUAGAUUUGCUGGAGUGGAUAUGCGCAUCCGGGUUAAGGGCGGUGGUAAAACCUCCCAGAUUUACGCCAUCAGGCAGAGCAUUGCUAAGGCGCUGGUUGCUUUCUACCAGAAAUAUGUUGAUGAACAGAGCAAGAAGGAGAUCAAGGAUAUUCUUGUGCGAUACGAUAGGACUUUGCUUGUGGCUGAUCCGAGGCGGUGUGAGCCAAAGAAGUUUGGUGGGCGUGGUGCUCGUGCAAGGUUUCAGAAAUCUUACCGUUGA